UCAGGGUUUCUUUUUCUUUUCGGAUCAAAUCAUCUUUUUUACUUCCAACUUCUUUAAAGUGGUGCUUUUUACCAUCUAUUCAACUUCCCUACAAGUGUCGCACCAGGCUGAAACUUUCCAGCUCACAAAUAAUCACGUAUCCAUCAAAUUGGUGCCGUUCCAUUAAUUCUCAAUAAAUUAUCCCCUGAAGUCGUUUUUCCAACACCACUUACUUCACCAUGUCCGUUGAUGGCUUCAGAAUCCCCUUACAGGACCUGAAGAUCGAAAUAAACACGCCUUUACCCAUGAAGUCAAUCCACAAUCAGAAAAUUACCACUCCUCCUGGAAGUGUUUCGGGCAUCAAGAAACAGGUUUCGGACGCGAAUUCAUCCCUCAUCGAGACUCCCAUCAAGAAUUACGACAAUGGCGAAGGUAUCGACGGGUUGAACUUGAGCAAACACUUACUUUUGAGUCCUGCGUUUUCUUCUCCACAAAACCACUUGAAGUACAAUUCCAAUGCAUCCUCGCAGUAUCCGUACUUGAGACCGAGUCAGUCACAGGCGUAUAAUUCUUCUCCUCCUCCGGUCCCCUCCACCAACUUGUCCUCUUUCGAUGAUGAGUUUGACCAGGAAAAGCCAAAGAAGAAAAAGAAGAAAGACAAGAAAGCUUUUGACAUUCAGUCUAAUGAUAAACCUCCCUACAGUUAUGCCACAUUGAUUGGUAUGUCUAUUUUGUCCCACCCGGAUAAGCGAUUGACCUUGUCAUCCAUCUACCAGUGGAUUUCGGAAACCUUCAAAUAUUACAAGAAGGAAGACGUGGGUUGGCAGAACUCCAUUCGUCACAACUUGUCGUUGAACAAAGCCUUUAUAAAAGGUGAGAAGUCAAAAGAUGGCAAGGGCCACUUUUGGUGUAUUGAAGCGGGCUGUGAAGACCAGUUUUUGAAACUGAGAAAUAACAAGAAGGGUUCUUAUCAAGAGAUUAUGGAACAGAUCUAUAAUAAACCCCAGGGAUUGGCUCGCUCCCGAAAGAGAACCAUUGGCUCCAUCCCUUCAUCACCAAACUAUUACGACUCUAAUGAAGCUUCGUUCGCCGGCAUGAACGAAGCCGCGGACUAUCAUCGCAAGAAUGACAACCAUUUUCAUGAAGAAAUGGAUGAAGACGAUGUAGGGUUCCACAAGAGACAAAAGGUAUCUAAUAGAAGUGACUUGGGUGCUCCAUUUGAUCAGAAUUGGAGCUUGUCACCUCCACCGGCCAAAACCAAUAAUGGCACUCAUUUUGACUUGAUGAAUACUCCCAAGGUGAUUAUCAGCCACAGCCCCAAUAAGCCUUUGGUGGCAGGUAAGAACUUGACUUUCACCUCAAGCUUCAGCUGUAAUUCAAACUUGGAGUUGAGUCCAAUUAGACCCAAUGAGACAGGACCUUUGUUACAACCCUUAACCCCUGGAAAGGUUUAUAAAGCAGGCGCUAUCAACCACCACAUUCCAAACAUCCAAUACCAAUCAUCCCAUACUCCCAAAGCUACUAUCAAGACCCCAAUAAGAAUCUUGAAGACACCACAAACCAGUGCCAAAAAGCUUUGGAACUCCCCUGGUUAUUUGGAUGACUUCUACUACAGUCCGUUGAUCACCAGUCAAAGUGCAUUACAUUCAUAUGAUGACGAUGACAUGAUCUUAAGGGCAUUUGAGUCUCCUGCUAACAGCAGGAAGAUUGUUGAUGAUUACGGUAUUUAUGAUAAUUGGGAUGGGAUGAAAUGAGGACUUAGUUUGUGCCAUUAUGUAUUAUUAGCUCUAUUUUUUUUAACUACUGUGUGUAUUAUUAUAAGUAAUUCCUUAAUCUGUACUGGAACAUCCUUUACACCCACACUUGACACACUCCACGGGUUUGUCAUCUGAAAGAUCCUGCUUCGGCACCCGACAAAUGCACGAUGAGCCAAAGUUGUUGUCUUCUUUUCGUAUACAAUUGAGACAGCAGAGCUUCUCGUAGCCCUGUUUCUUCCACUUGGCAAUCAAGUUUGCGUCAACGUACUUCUGUUUGAGGAGCCACUCGUAGAGUGGUUUGUCUAUGAGUUUUCUAUUAUAAUGCAUUGUGUAAACAUAACGAGAGAUCUGGUGAUUGAUCUGGAUGAUUUUCCAUACCGAGUGCUUUUCGGUUUGGGUUUGGGCGUCUUUAAGUUUCUGGACGAGCUUGGAUAUCGUCGGCUCGAUCUUGGUGUAGCCUUCUGGUGGUUUACCACCUCUUUUACUGGAUUUGACUUUAGGCAUCUUGUUGUGU